AUGCUCACAUGCUGGAUCUUGACGCAUCUCUCUUGUUUAGAUCCUGCAACUGAUGCUGAGUAUGUGGUUAUGGAAGAACGCUUGUGUGAGCUGAAGAAUGACAACCUUGUGGUUUUGGAGAAGGUCAAGGGGCGCACAUUUGAAGGAAAAAGCUAUGAGCCGCUAUUUCCUUACUUCACAUACAUGAAAAAGGAGAGGAAUGCGUUCCGCGGCUUUGCAAUACAUUUGUCACCACAGAUCAAGGAACUGGUAUUGUACAUCAAGCUCCAUAUUUUGGAGAGAUUGACUACCAAGUUUGCCUUGAAAAUGGAAUCAUCACCAAGGACAUGA